AAAGGAGGUAUUCACAGUGCAACUUGUUCAAAUUUAAAAGUAUUCCUUGAAUAGUGAGUGAUUCUUUGGGGAAUUUGUUUGCAAACAUUUUUGGAAAUAUUCAGAUCUUUUUUGACUGGCCUUACAGGGUAAAACAAGUGAAAUUUUAAGAGAGCUUAUGUGUGAGGAAAUUGGGUGGUUAAGCUAGGAUGGUAAUGAUUUUUAUAUCUUGUUACAGGUAAAUUAGUGUUACAUUUCUUGUGAUUCAGACAUCUUUAUUCUGUAAUGCAUGCACAUACUGUAGUUUUCUGGCUGAAGGUGUCUAAUGUCAAUAUGUCAAUGACUUGACACAUUGCACCUCUUCAGUUGGAGAUUUCUGGGUGUCGGAGUCUUAGAGAUGACUCAUGUUAAAAGUGGAAGAAUAUCAUUAAAGUAACAGAAGAAUUUUAGUUUACCUUAUCCUAAGUGCAAGUGUAAGCAUCAGUGUUUCUCUUCUCCACUUUAAACUCAUCUUUGGAAAAUGGAUAAUGUUUCAAGUUACCACUACAAAGAAGAGUAAAGGUUGCUUCUGUGUCUUCCCUAAGAAAUUCCAUAUGGUAACUUUUAAAAUUUUUUUAAUCACUGGAAGUCUGAAUUUCAUCAGUUUCAUCUCUGUCUUGCAGUGAGAUACUGUUCUUGUAAGCAUUUUUUCCACUUAAGGUUUUGAUACAUGUCCUCAAUUUUUAAUACUAUGUUCAAACAUACUUAGCUCAGAAAAGCUGAAAGUCCUAUUCCCUUGUUGAUAGAUUACUAUACUUGUUCAUGCCAUAAUUGCACCAUUUGUAAAAUGGUCAUAAUGAUACUAAACUCUUUCUAGAAAGCUCUGUGAAAAGUUAUAUAAUACUGCUUUCUCGUAUAGAAAGAAUUAGGUUAUCUUUAGCAAUCUUUUAUUAUUUUGUCUUUGAGUUGGUAGAUAAAUCUAUUUUUCUGCUUUCAGUGUGAACUUGCCUUGGAAAUAUGUGGGCUAGAGUUUAACUCUCUGCUGUAAGAAGUAGUACUGAUAUGUGUUAUCCCCAAGGUUUGGAGUAUUCUUACGCAGGGAUUUGGUUUAGACCCAUCUUCAGUCUCUCUGAAUCCUGAACAAUGACAAUAAAAUUAUUUUUCCUCUUUUUGUUUUUGAGUAGUUUCCAAAAAAGGAGUGAAACCUUUCCUCUAAAGCAAGCAUCAGAAAUCAGUUUAGUUUGGAUUUUUUCAGUAGUUUACAAAUCUGGGUGUAACGUAGAGAAGUUAUUCUAAUCUAAGCUGUGGACAUUCCAUGGGGAAAGAAAAUCACGUGAUUUGGUUAGAGUCAUUUCUCUGCCAGUGAUCAGAGAGUAGCAGCAUGCUAGAAAGAGGCAUUUCACAGGGUGAGAGCAACUAAUUCAUGCUAGCUCACUGCCUUCGCUUACCAUGGAAGCGUUCCAGCAUCAGCUACUCACUCUUCUUGGGGGUCUGAUCUGUUUCUGCAUUCUGGUAAAAUGCAUCAGAUUUAUGAAAUAUAUUUUCCCACGUAUCUGGAGUGCUUUGCCUCAGACUUUCUUUCGGUCGCUGGGAGAAUGGGCAGGUUGUUAAAUUAUCACUAUGAGGCAAGAAUAAACAGAUACGACAGUUGUUGAGUUCCUGAGCUACAGAUUGAUGGUUUCAUCUUGUUAAGAAGUCACCCAAACAGUAUGCUUGUGCUUCUUUCCUUUCCCCUGCAUUAGAGACUUGAUGUAACUGGGUUGAAUACGUGUUUAAUAAGCACAUAUUACAGUGGAUUAAUAAGAAAUGAAAUCCACCUCUGUGCAGAAGACGUGCCUGAAUACCGCUGCCUCUCAAGCAAUAUGUAGGUCUUGUUUUGAUUUAAGUGAGGCAAAUACCCCUGUUCUGUGUGUGAGUGGUCACAGGAGCAGGAGAUGGGCUUGGAAAAGCAUAUUCCUUUGAGCUGGCAAAACGUGGAUUAAAUAUAGUUAUGAUAAGCAGAACUCUUGAUAAACUGCAGAGAGUAGCCUCCGAAGUUGAGCAGACCACAGGUCAGAAGGUGAAGGUUAUACAAGCCGAUUUCACCAAAAAUACAGUAUAUGAGAACAUUGAAAAAAGUCUGCAAGGUUUGGAUAUUGGUGUCCUGGUUAACAAUGUUGGAAUGCUUCAUAAUCCUCUUCCAUGCCGUUUCCUUAAUGGACCAGAUGUAGAUGAGAACCUUGUCAACUGCAAUGUUAUUUCUGUUAUAAAGAUGACAAGAAUAAUUCUGAAACAAAUGGAGGCAAGACAGAAAGGUCUUAUUCUGAAUCUGUCCUCUGGUCUGGGUACUUUCCCUUGUCCAUUAUACACAAUGUACUCAGCUUCUAAGGCUUUUAUAAGCACUUUCUCCAAAGCACUACAAGCAGAAUAUAAAGCAAAGGGAAUUAUCAUACAGGUAGUGGCUCCAUAUGGUGUUUCUACUCCAAUGACAAUGUACCAAAAACCCGGUCUUAUUACAAAGACGGCAGAAGCGUUUGUUAGUGAAUCACUGGAUUAUGUCACCUUUGGAGAUGAGAUUUUUGGAUGUUUAGCCCAUGAAAUGCUGGCACGUGUCCUGCAGUUCAUCCCUUUAUGGGUGUUCCACAGCAACAGACUUCAAGAAGCAGUCCUGCAUGCGUUUACCAAUUAUCUGAAGAAGAGGCGGAGAAACCCCUAACAGAGUAAUUUUUGCAGAAGAUGUGCAAUGGGAAACACCAUCAGGAUGCAUUUUACUGUGUCUCUGUGUUUGUGAAUGAAGAAAGAAUCAAAUUAGUUUCAGCUAUAGCUCUGUCCAAAUCACCUAUCAAGUAAUAAGCGAUUUCAUCUAAUGAAUCUAUUAAGUAAAUUCAUUCCUAUCCCUUUCCAGAGACGAUAAAAUUUGCUAGAGCUGUUCCAGUGAUUUCUGUUGUUAGAUAGGUUCUUAGAAAUUUAUGUUACUAACAUAAGCUUGUAGGCUACAAAUGUUUAAACUUGUUAGAUGUACUUGAAUAAAACAAUGAUUUGCUUUAUUUCCAAACUUGUUCAUUGUGUAUUUUGAUGCUUUUGGUGACUGUUUUGUGUCUUUGGUUUCUUCUGAAAAGUCAAGGAGAUUUGCAAGAAGAAAAAAAGAAUGCUUUCAGGGUGUAAAGUACACACUGGACCUUUGGAAGUC